UGGAAAUCGAUUGGCAAGGAAGGUUCUGGAUUCCAAAAAUUAGGAAAAGAGUUUCGGCAGCCUGGACCUGCUUGCCCCUAAUUUGUACUUAUCAAUUAAGACUAUUUUCGGCGAACGAAUAAUUUGGGUGGCCUGGGCAGGCCUGGCUCACCUUGUACAUCUUUUGGGCGAGCCUGGGCACCAAAACAGGCCUGGAGAUUUGGGCCUUACGGGCCUGGGCAGAUCACCUUAUUACCACUUAGGGUUGGCCCACCCAAUAAUUAAGGUCCAUUUAGUCAUUUGAUCAGUAGACGGAUGGACUGUGCAAGAAAAGCCUGUCUUGCACCAAAACCCAAACCGGAAAAAAAAAAAAUCCUGGGUCGGGCAAUUUCUUUUUUCAGGUGACACGUUAAAGCAGUAAUUUUGACGGGUUCCUCGGGUCGGGUAUCCUCUUGGAAACCAGCCACAGGUAACUAUAAAAGAAAACAAAAACCCAAUGAGCCAUGGUGUUUCGUGUUUCGUUCAAGCACUGUACCCUCCAAUCUCUGCUUGACUCGUCAAUCUCUGGACUACUGUGUGAGCUUUCCUCCUCGUCAAUUCCACAGAUCGUCUUGGGCGACGCCGCCCAUCUCCGGUGGCUCUCUGUAAAUCCUCAAUUCUUUGUUUGCUUCAAUUCCCGAGUGAACUGGGUCGUUCAGUUUUUGAGGGAUUGUGACGCUUACGUUAUUGGGCCAGGACAGUCCCCCAUCGGCUUCUCUCUCCAAGCUUGCUCACAUCUCCAUGACAACAUACUGAAGUAAUUAUCAUCCACGGGGCGUGAUGGGGUCGGAGGUUGAAACGCUUGAGGAGAGAUUAAAGUCUUCCUUGGUCCAUCUCCAUGCGGAAUGUGCCAUUCUUGAAAGGAUGGUGUACAAAAACAAGAACCAGCAUCGGCGUUGCUCCUAUUUCCAGUAUCUUUUGAAGGUAAGAAGGGAUCUGAGGCUUUUGCAGUCAGCUAAGCUGGAGGAGUUAUUAAGUUCUUGCUUUCAAGUGAUAACAGGAAAGAAGCCCAAACAGAAAGUUCAUCUUUUAGAAAGUCUGAAGUGGAGGAAGUGUGAUGUUGGGAAGCCUAAUUUCAUUGAACAACUUCAUGGCGUUGCUCGACUACUGUCACAGAUGGUUGAACCAAUGUUGAAGGCAGCAUGCGAGAUAUCGAUCUUACUUGCUCGAUUAUUUUUCAUGGGAUUUUCUAUGACAAUCUUGUCAUUGCUAGCGCGUCUCAGAGUACUGGUUCAGCAAAUAUUACUGGAUAUUGUUUCAGUAUUCAACAUUGUUUCUUCAAUUUCACAGAAAAAGCAGUCUGUAAAAUUAAUGCAUGAAGGAGUUGAGGUUUUUAGGGAAUUUUAUCCUACACAUCAAGAUUAUAUAAUGCUAGAGUGCAUAUGGAAAAUUGAUAAGUUCGUAUUGCUUGAAAGCACAUACAAGAGUGAGGGUAGCAAUUCGGCUGGUGACAGAGAAAAUGCUUCAGUAGGGGCACCAGCAAUACACUACAGAAGCAUCGACUGUUUUCUUGAAGAUGAAUGUGACUUGGUCCCUCAAAAGGCUGAGAUGGGUAAAGCUGCCGAGCAAGCUCUGCUUCGGGUUGAAGAGGAUGGGACUGAAUCUACUCCCAAUGCCUCCGUCCCUAGUGGCCAUGAGAAACAGAGUAAUGUCUCGAGUGAGGAGGGACAUGAUGCGACGACUACACAAACCCCUGAGAACGAGUUGUCUGUGGAUGGCGGGUUUCUUGAUGGUCCGUCACCAAGUUCAGACCUGUCAAACAUGAAGUCUGGAACCAAAAAGGUGGCCUUUGUUUCUAUAAAGAAACAUUCGCCAACGAGUAAUGUGGAUAUCAAUUCAAACAGAACUCGUGUGAAAAGCAGCAACCCCGAAGAUCCAUUCUUCAAUUUGCUUGCGGGCGGAAACCUUUGGGAAUCUCUUCUAAAUGACGAUUAGUAGGUGUUGUUGGUUUGUUCUUAGGUAUUGUCUAAUUUAUCUUAAUCACUAUUUUUAAAAACUUAUUCAUCUGAUUUAUAUCAUUGCACGGGCAAGUGACAAAUUGUUGGUAGUAAUUGAAAAUGCUAC